GUACAAGUAAGUCAUCUAAACACGCACACAUAUAUGUGAGUAUGAACUGAACAAAUCGUUCGACGGAAAACGGCACACUGUAGACGUACAGACGGUUCGCCCUCCACUACAGUACCACUGCCACCUCGUGUGGUGCACACAAGGAAUUAGUUAGAAUAAGGGUGGCAGCCUUAUGACAGCCAGCAUGAAAAGGGCCACCAGGACCGCAGCGACACCACCGCCCACCACCGUUACGUUACAGCGACUGCCAAAACUCUGACACCCCAUUUCUUCAGAGGCUCUGCACACACACACACACACACACACGAACACACAUAUAUGCAGAGAGAGACAGAGAGAGAGCCGUGUGUGUGUGUGCGAGUCUGCGUGCCUUCUGUCUGCAUGACGAGCUGCUGCCGCCAUUCAAAGAGGGAUGAAGCCCAUGUCCUUCGCGAGUGCAUCCAGCUGCCGGUCCACCUCAGCUAUCUCCCUGUACACAUCGACCUUCACACACACACACACACACACAGCCGUACUCCGGCAUCUCAUCUCGCUUGACCUCACCGACCUUGUCGGAUCUCAUCGCAACGAUGUGGUUGGCACGACGGCUGGGGCGGCCGGGUGUGUUGCGGGAGAGGCGGACUGCCGGCGGGUGCACGCACAGCAGCAGAUCUCAGCCAGGGGAAGAACAAGAGCAUGACCAAAGAGGAUCAGCACCAAGACGGACAAGCUCCACAUCAGUGCAACAAGGCCGUCGUCGUCAGAAGUCGGCUAUUGAUCAGCUGCAGGCCGCUUGACGCAAGAACAACAAUGGGCGCGAAGAAUCUCAUCUUGCUGGUGCGUCCAUCACAACCGCGCUCACUGUCGGCAGAGCACACACACACACACACACACACACACACGCCUAGAGGGCCAAUGUCAGAUCUUCGUCCCAUGCCGGAUUUGCUCUGGACUCGCAACCCAGUAAUAAUAAUCGCUGCUCAUCAUCCCAACAUACAUAAACACUCGCUGUCGGUGAUUAUUGCUGCAAUGGCCGAGCUCAUGGAAGGAAAACCCCAUAGAGCCCGCGGAAUGAGUGGUGGAUGUGUGUCGCUGGUUGGAUGCUGCUGCUCGGGCAGGCGCCGCACACGCAAUAGUCAGGGACCGAGAAAGUCUCACUGGUGCAUACUGCAUCAGCGAGAAAGCAACACGCACCGCUGCCUGCGUCCAUCCAUGCAGCUAUGUAUACAUUAGCAUGCAAGUCAUGCGGUCGGUCGGUCGGUCAGUCAGUCAGUCAUGCGCGCAGCCUGUGACGCAGGCACAUUUGCAGGCAGCAGCACGACAUGCCACACCACACCGAUAGACAGCCAAAGAUGUACACAAUGAUGUAUGUCGGUGGGAUGUCCCGAACCCAAAAAAGAAAUGACAGCAACGCUCUCACCCAAACACCCAAACGUCCACCUCACUCACUCACUCACUGACGUGACAACGGCACGCCAAACCACAGCUGGUCAUCCAUCCAUCCGCCCCCCCUCUGACCGCCGACUUGAUGGCCGUUUCCGCCCCCCCGCCCUUGAUCUCGGCCGUCAGCCACUGCCACCGCAUGCUGAGGUCUUGUUUGGCCGAUCUGACCUCCCAAAGCCCCGGAUGGCUACUGCUGGGCUGCCACAACUCCCAGACCCCGUUGAUGGGGUUCCAGACCCACCCGCCGUGGAUUGGCCGCCCGCCCACAGUGACCAGCUUGGCCUGGCCGGGCGUGUACGGCAGCUCGUGUGCGGGGAUGAGCCUGGUGGGGUCGUUGGGGUCGACGGUCAUGGGGAUGAGGAUGGGGGGAGGUGCUGCUGCUGUGGUGGCAGGUGGGGGUGGCGGUGUGGGCGGUGGUUGGGCCGGGAAGCCCACAUGGUGUGGCGUUAUCUCGGGCAGCUGGGCUGGGGGCGGGCCCUCGUCCACGACGGCGGCAUUGUCGUCCUCUAUCUCAUCAUGACCCCCACCAGCAGUGGGGCCUUGAGUAGGUGUUGGUGACGCUUCGGCAGCGAACGAGGAGGCGGCGUUCACCUCUUCUGUCGCCUCCACAUCACCCCGAGGCAGCUCGGCGGGCACCAUGCUGAUGCGAUGGUAGGAGGGGAGUGGGGGGGAGGGGGCUGUCGUGUCGUCCAUGGCGGCCUUGGUUUCCUGGAGGACGGUGCGGGCCGCCCGGAGGUUGCUGAUGACGUCAGCCAUGGCGCAACGGCUGCAGGGGUCGGUGCAGAUGCCCUCGGCUGAGAUGGCCGCCACCUGCCCCACCCACUUGUCCACCCAGGCGAAGGCGGACUCGCCCCUGAGGCUGUAGAGUGGGCAGGCCAAGUAGCGGUCACGUUGCUCCUCGCCCCAUAGAUAGUGGUCCAGGCCGUCCAGCAGUGGCCGCCCCUUCUCCGUCAUGGCCGCCUCAGACACGACCUCCCAGCACACCGUUGUGAAGAGGUCUUGGUCGCUGUCGUUGCCUCCGUGGAUCUCGAGCUGGGGCAAGAGGGGCAGGAAGCCCCGCAGGACGCGCUGGGUGAGCUUGGCGAAGCUGUAGAUGGCAGUCCGCUCUCCCAGCAGCACCCGCUCCCUCUCUCCCUUGCCCACCAGGACGCCCCUCUCCCUCAGUCCCUCCUUCAUCCCCUCCACUGCCUGCUCCAACGACACCUCCUCCUCUCCUACCGUGGGCAGCAUGGACUCCUCCGAUGGCCACCUCCCGUUGACGAGCAGCUGCUCAGGCGGCCGCUGAUAUGGCGUGCCCGCCGGCAUCAUCCGCUGCGCUCGCUGCCUGCCGCGGUCGAGGGGCACCAUCGCUCCCGGCCCGCCAGGAAGUCGUCGGCGGAAGAGGCUGCUCAACUUCCGCGGCCUCACAACGACGCUGUUGGCGAGGUCUAUGAUGCGGGUGGCUUCGGCUGCUGGGGGUGUGGGUGUGAAUGGGUCGGGGGAGAGGGCUGACCAUGCGAUGAAGAUGUUGGCUAUGAAGGCAUCCAGACAGAAGACACCCCUCGAGAGCGCCUCCAUGUGGGCCUCAGCGGUCAGCUCGAGCGCCUUGUUGAGGACAGUGAGCUCGCCGAUCAGCAGCCUCUCUGCGGCCGCUGCUCCAUCGGCGUCGCGGCGCUCCAGGUAGCGGUGCACGACCUCCUUGAGCCUGAGGCGGUCGUGGUGGAGGCGGUCCUUCUGGGGCCGCAGGAGUUCUUGCAACUCCACCCACACGCCAUCUGCAGACACACAGGACAACACACCACCACACAACAUGUCUGUUUGCAGUGCAUUCGUGAACGUGUCGCCAACUCACCCUGCAGCAACUCCAUCGCCAAGCACACGCACGGCACCCUCUCGCCCUCCUCGGUGACGAAAGUCCCCGGCCCCGACGCCAGGCACUUGAGGAAGGGAGGCCGCCCGCCGAAACGGCGCAUGCGGUCGGCCUCCACCUCCAUCUCGAGCUUCCUCCUCUCGCUGAAGUCCUCCCCCUCCUGCCCCUCCAGCAACGCUAUUUUAAACACCGCCUCGCGUGGCGCCUCGAGGCUGAAGUAUUUCGGCGGGAGGACGCCUCGGUAGACAAUGGCAGUGCCGCCCUCGCCGAGUUUGGAGUCUUCGUCGAAUGCGAUGGGAGGGCGGCGCUCCAGGAUGAGUGUGCAGGGCAUUUUGCGGUGCUGCUGCUGUCGGCUGCUGUUCCUUCGGGGUUGCACGGGGAAUUUUGCAACUGUAAGGCGGGAAGCAAUAGGCGAGAUGUUUUGAAAGAUCUCGCCGCGCGACUGUUUAAACCCUGCAAACCCUACCAAAGAAAACGCCUAAUGGUAGCGUACGCGUGCGCAGCACAGCGAUCGCGUACAUACGCGCCGCGUGCGAGAGCGACCCGAUCGACAUCACACCGUCUCCAGCUCGCAU